AUGUCUGAUUCUAAACUCCCAUCUAAACAGAUUCGAAUCUAUCAGCCAACGUAUCAGUUGAAUCCCAGAAGACGAUUUAACGUAGAAAAAGUUGAAAAAAUACUGCAAAAGACCAUCGACUAUGAAUUAGCCGAAGUAGAAUAUAGUGAAAAAUCAGUUCCCGAACUUACACUCAGCCUGGCUGAAACUAUACGCAACUCAGUGAAAGAAGAAAAUUACGACAGAUACCGUAUAGUGGUGGUAGUAACGAUCGGACAGCGAAGGCAGCAAGGCGUUCACAUUUUUCAUUCGUUCCUUUGGGACUACGAGCGGGAUGCUUUCGCCACGUACAAUUUCGAAAACUGCCACAUAUACGUUAAUGUAGUUGUUUAUGGUGUUUAUUUAGAUUAAUUAUAUUAAAAUAAAUCCUUGUUUAUGAACUUUUA